CGUUUUUAGAACGAUAAAAAUCCGACUGUGAUCGAUCGAGGCAAAUUAAGGCUGUUAUCUGCUAUACAGAAUCGUAUUGAAUCAAGAACACUCAAUAACGAUUCGUUACACCGAAACUUUGUUCUUUUUAAUAAAUUUUAAUAAAAUCGAUUCAUUCGACUGCUCGUCGACGUGUAGAAUCUGUCGAUGUUCAUCCAACCGUGUACACGAUGGAAAAUCAUCGUCGAAGCGUUAUGAACGGACCAUUAUGCUUCGUUGAAGAUUUUUCUUUUGAUGAAUAAUAGACUCGAGUUGGUUCGAUUCUCGUAAAUGCGUCAGGUUAUUGUACCGUCGGGGGAUCCUUUGUCGCUCGAUGGAUCACGAUCUGUUGUCUUUUUACUGAUUCCACGAAAGAUUAAGAUCGACGAGUGAACAGUGAGAUAUGUUCAUGAGUGAAAUCCUUGAAGAAAUCUAUCGAAUAACCUGCAUCUCUUGACAUCUACUCGGUGUCGAUCGGUCCAUCGUUACGGUUUACAGAAUUGUUCUCGUAUCACCUGAGAAAGAAACUCUACGACACUCGUCGCGUAUCGUGGUGUUCGCGAUGAUACGGCAGGAAAUAACCCUGGCGAAGCCGGCACGAAAGAAACGGAACGUCGAUGAACUUAUUGACGAAUGAUUUUCAAGAAUUUCAUAGAACAAUAGUCCUUAGCGCGUUUCGUACUGUUUACGGAUUUGGCUGCUUGUCAUAGAUAUAUCGAUGUUCUUGGAGAAUCAUUCUUGAAGUAUUAUAGCAGUUAUACAUGAAAUGGGUAGUGCUUGGUGGCAGUGCGCUGCAUGUUUGAGAGCACAGGAAGAAGAUAUUUGUGAGUUACACUUGAGUCACUGUAAUCUUUACGAUGUACCACCCGAUGUGUUCAUUUACGAAAGAACAUUGGAAAAGCUGUAUCUGGAUGCCAAUAGAAUAAAGGAUCUUCCACGGCCACUGUUUCAGUGCCAUGAAUUGCGAGUACUCUCCCUUAGCGAUAAUGAAGUCACCACGUUACCACCCGCCAUAGCAUCGUUAAUCAACUUGGAAUAUUUAGACCUCAGUAAAAAUAGUAUUAAAGAAUUACCAGACAGUAUAAAAGAAUGUAAAAACCUUCGUUCUAUAGAUAUCAGUGUUAACCCUUUCGAACGUUUCCCAGAUGCUAUUACACAUAUUGUUGGGUUGCGAGAAUUAUAUAUAAACGAUGCAUACAUAGAAUAUCUACCAGCAAAUUUUGGAAGACUCUCAGCUUUACUGACAUUGGAACUUAGAGAGAAUAACAUGAUGACAUUGCCAAAGAGUAUGAGCCGAUUAAUAAAUUUACAGAGACUCGACAUUGGUAAUAAUGAUUUCACUGAAUUGCCUGAAGUUGUUGGGGAUCUUAUCAACCUCACAGAAUUGUGGAUAGACGGCAACGAUAUUAGACGUAUACCAGUAAACAUCAAUCAACUUUAUCGUUUAAAUCAUUUCGAUUGCACAAUGAAUGCAGUUCACAUUAUACCAUCGGAAGUAGAAGGCUGGCGAGAUAUUUCGAUUAUGCAUCUAUCUUCGAAUGAAAUUUACCAAUUACCGGAUUCCCUUUGCUACCUACGUACAAUUGUGACCCUCAAGGUUGACGACAAUCAAUUGAAUGCACUGCCAAACGACAUUGGACAGAUGUCAAGCUUAGAGGAGCUUAUAGUUACUAAGAAUUUCCUUGAAUAUUUACCGUCGUCUAUAGGACUUUUGCGAAAACUACACUGUUUGAAUGCAGACAAUAACUACUUGAGAUGCCUUCCACCAGAAAUUGGAAGUUGCACUGCAUUAUCACUGCUUUCAUUGCGAUCAAACAAUCUAACGCGGGUUCCGCCCGAACUGGGUCAUUUAUCCUCAUUGAGGGUUCUUAAUCUUGUAAACAAUUGCAUUAAAUAUUUGCCUGUGUCUAUGUUGAACUUGAACAAUUUGAAAGCUUUAUGGCUGAGCGACAAUCAAAGUCAACCAUUGGUGCCACUGCAACAAGAAUUUAAUUGUGAAGAAGACAUGAUGGUGCUAAGUUGUUUUAUGCUUCCACAAAAGCCACGCCAAGAACUCGAUCAAAUACCGCCGGCUGUAGGACUAAUUUCGAGUUCAAUUGUUGGUACUGGAAAACGGAUAUGUUUUGCUGCUGAAGUAGAAUCCGAAAUCCCUAGACAACUUCAUCGAGCACCAACUCCUUACCCUAAAGAGCUGCGCAACCUUGCUAGGCAUGCCCGCAAUUUACAGCAUCAAUCGGCACACGAUCAAAGAAUGCAUUUAGAACAGGAGACUAUGAUUAAAGAAGCUAUUAUCGCAAAAGCUACUACUACUCUGGAUCUUGGUUCAAAAACUGGAACCUGCUUUCCGCAAAGUUUAUUUAACAAGGGAUCACAUUCUUCGCUUUCACCUACUGAACGUCAUACAUCAAAAGGGUAUAAGAACGGUAGUCUUACAGAUGUUGGAAAAGAGCAAUCCGUGUCAGAGGAAUCUUCCGAUGAAGCAAAUAAGACGGUACUUGCGAAGGAAAAAAGUCCGGAUAUUCGAGAAGCAAAAUACAUUCGUAAUCCCACAUCAGAAUAUCUUAGCAAACCUCCAACAGUAGCAGAUUAUGUAAAUUCUGCGUGGAAACCAGACGAAUAUUCAAAGGCGAACACAGCCAAAAUUGUAGAGUCAGAGAAGUUUGCUGUAGUUAGUAAUAACGGUGAUCAAAUGAACAUUCAAACUCCAAAAAUAAAUGAAGUUCCACCCGUCCCGCCGCCGUAUCACAUUGCUGCUGCAUUUUCAAAGAAGGCAGCACUUUUUCAACAAUUAACUCAAUCAGGUCAGUCAGACACAUCAAAGAUCGUCUCUUCGCAAGCCGAUAUCAACAUAUCAAAUUUAAAGACAUCUCAGGAAACUCAAAUGCAAAAUUACGAUGGAAAUGGAGAAUCAUUUAAAGCGGAAGAGUACGUGCGUUUGUGCAGUGAAACAUUUUCAUCGGACAAUGUAGAUGCACCAAAUGUCUUAUUUAAUAAUGCAGAUACAACUUCUCCAAGUACACCGGAUCAGAUCGCUGUGUUAACUGAACCAAGCGAUCCAGAACAAUCCUUUGACGGCGAUCGAUCAUUGAAACCAAGCAGAAUUCCAAUUUUAAAAACGAAGCAUUUGGAAACUACGAAUUCUAUUUCGAAUAGCGAUCUAUCGAAUAAGUGUACGAACUCACCCAUUGAAGAGUACGAACCUUUAAAAGUAUUAAACACGUCGUGCAUACCCACGUCUCCGGUAACUGGAAAAAAAUAUCGAAGUCCGAUUUCUAUGCAACCGAAACUUUUAGAUCGAUCGAAGAAAAUAAUAAACGGAACUAUUUUGAACAAUACGUCAUGUGACAAUUUAACGUCAUUGAAUACAAUGAAUUUGAACCUAGUUGGAAAUUUGAACACAGAAGGCCAAGAUACGACUUCAAGAGGUAUUUCCAAUGAAAUGAUGAACAUGAACAGCCCCGCGAGCAUAAAGAACGAAAGUAACUCUGGUCGAAGUACACCGAUUUCUCUUAAUAACAAAUCUUUAAACGAGGUGAACAAUUCUAAUGUUAACAAAUAUAAAGUUGCCGGGAUGAAUGAAUUUCAAAAUUCGGAAAGAAAACCAAGGUUUAAGUGGAUGUUUGGCCCACACAAAAAUGCUAACGUAUUACCUGUACAAAUUAAAAAGAAUCCAGGCCUUGGUUUCAGUAUAGCUGGUGGAGUGGCAGGCGCGGAAACUGGAAUCAUUGUAACGAAAGUUAACCCAGACGGUCCGGCUCAAGGUACACUUCGACCAGGAGAUAAAAUUUUAGAAGUCGAUGGUAUAGAUUUUACCAAAUCCGAUCACAACAAUGCUGUGGCUGUUCUUCGAGCUACCGGUGCAGUGGUAUCCAUGAUGAUCAGCCGUCACCAAUGACAUCAAGUUAACGGACAAGUUGUUUUCUUGUCGCACACGAUCAGUUCACAGGACUCAGACUGAUUAUACUUUACGUAAGUUUUUUAGUGUAUAUAUUUUUUAUAAUCGACAUUGACGAACAUUGAUGAAAACGCACGAAACAUAGAAAUUUUAUUAUGUUUGCUUCGAACGCUUGUUUUCACGGUAGUAGAUUCUAUUCUAUUCGACGCUAUCGAGUGACUGAUUCGUACGACUGAAGCAACGUUACCAAAGGUGAAAGUGGAGGCACUCAUUCGAGGAAAACAAAUAAUUUCUGCCUUCCAAUGACCACAUUAUUUAUAAAUGCAAUGUCUUCACAAGAGAAAGAAACAAUAACAAAUUUCAAAGAUAAGAAUUUGAUGGCUAGGUUAUACCGUAGACUAUGAGCGCGUUCCCUUGCACAAUUAUAUCGACGGAGAAGAAGUUUGAAAUGUGAUGUACAAGAGGUAUUUUUAAGAUGAUAUUUCUUCAUGGGCAAAUUCACAGCUCACUCGUAUUAUUUGCCCACGUAAGUAGCGUAAGAUAGUAAGCUAUUUAGUAAACAAUUAGGGUGGUAAGUUUGUUUUCCUUUAAAUUUCUAACUCUAUAAACAUAUGACUUAUGUUGUUUUGUGGUGUUUGUUGUACUUGUGUCAACUCAUUUGUUCUCUUUGCGGAGGGCUGACAAUGUGCCAGAAACAGAAUACUAUUUAUUAAUUAUAUAUACAAAAAAUAACUAUAUAAAAAUGAUUAUACAUAUAUAUAUAUUAUACAAAAAUUAUCUCCUAUGGUUAAAUGAGAUUCUUACAGACAUUUUUUUGAUAAUAUUUUGUAUGUGUAGGAAUAUUUUUUCUACAAGAUUUUAUCUUAUCGCGUAGAUUUUAAAAACGCACAAAGUGUCACAAAUAAUUAAUUUUAUUUACAUUAUUUACGAGCCGUAUCGAUGGGAUAUUUUGAUUUUAUUUAAAAAUGUAUCUGUAAGAAUCUUGUUACAGUAGCCGGAGAAAAAAAAUAUUCUUCUAUGUGCCGUAAUUUUAUUCGUAACCUUUAUAAUCAUCUUAUCGUUAUUGGUCCUAAAAAAUAUGGUUCAUUGCAAAUUUAAGAAUUCUUAAAUUUAAUCGUGUAUUUUGUUUCACAUCGUACUUGUAGAAACUACAUUUUUAUAUCAGAUUUUGCUUGCCAUUGAUUCGUGAUACGUUUGCUGUAUUAGAGAUUAAAAUAUAUUUUAGUAAUUUUUUUUUUAUCAUGAAUUCAGAUGUUAAGUCAUCGAUAAAAUGUAACUGUUAUCGUUGUGGUUGUGAAUUAUUAUGAUAUUUGAUUCAUUCUAUACUAAAGGAACAAAUGUAUGUACCUUGUAGAAACUGUUUUUGAUAGCAGUUAUUAAUAUGGCAUAAUAUCGCCAAACCGUAAGAUAAAAUAACACUACUUUUCUAUGUUAGUGGAGCUGUACCGAAAACUGAAAGUUAUUCAUGUAAAUCGGGUAGAGCUGUGAGAUAAAUGUUUAGAAAAGUUGUGUGACAUUGCACAGCACAAAGUGAACUGUUCAUGUCGAGAUGUCAGUUAUAACCAAUACACUCUUUGUAUCCCAGAACUUUUACAGCAAGAUAACAAUAUCACACUUCACUUUACCUCGCAUACCGAACAAUUACAAUGCAUAUUCUCUUUAUCUAUGUAUAUUUUUUACAAAUUCAGUUAUAGGUUUAAUUAACUUUAGUAACGUCGAGAAUAUUUAGACUAUACUUUUAUUCAUUUUUGAAAAUAUAUUUAAAUAACGUAUAUAUCAUUCGUUUUAUAUUUUGUCGAAUAUCUUACGAAGCAGAUCUGAAAUGAUUUCUUCUUUUUCUAUAUUAAUUUAAUCAUGGGAUUCUGUGGUAAUUUCAUUAACGAUUCGAUUACGGUAACAUGUUAUAGUUAUAGGUAGCUAACAACAUGCUAGCUAUAUAAUGUGUCGAACAUAAUUUCAAAUGUAUAUAAAUUAUUCUAUUCCAUAACUGCUCGAGCUUCAAAUUGUUCAGUAUGUUCUUUGAAGCUUAAAACUUCCAGAAUUGGAAAAUAACAGAAAAUGUAUAUUUUCAGAAAGAUUUCCACCAUUGAUAUCGUAUUUCAAAUAAAAUCUUACUCGGCGAAUAAGAGUUGCUCCUUCUAUACAAAAAAAUAUGUAGAUAUUACAUUUUGAUAUAUUUUCGAAACAAACUAAGAAAAAAAGAACAGAUUAUUUUUGACCCUCACUUUUGCUUAUGUAUUUUGCGAAAGUAAUUUUUAACGACUAUAUACUCAAUCACGGUGUAUUCUUCGUAAAAGUUAUCCGUGAUUCGAGUACUUUUAAUUUAAGCUAUACAAACAAAACCGAUGUUGCAAAAAUUAUGAUAUUUUCAUCACUUUCUUUAUUAUACAUAGUUUUAUUAUAUAAAAGCAGCUACGUAUUUAAAUUUCUGGACUAAAUACAUUACUAUGA